CGCGCAUAUGAUGAGCUUUAUGGGCAGAAGACCGGGGUUGCUGCUCUGCAAAACGUUUACCUGGCGUGUUAUUUGUUUAAUUAGAGUACUUACUAUGUCGUUACAAUAGUGACAAAAGGUCCCGAGUUAAUUAAUAGGAGCGUGUUUUCAUAAAUUUAAUCGUAGUCCGUAUUCCUAAGGCGUAUUCUAUUUUUUAAAAAUAGUUCCCUGUUCUGUCGUAUAUACCGUUUUUUGCCAUUCGAAAACCUGUUUUACAUAAUUCAAAUUGAUAACUUUUUAAUUGAUUAAAUCUAGAGUAGUCGUACCUUUAAAUAUCAUUAAAGUAUAUAUUAUUGUAAUGAAUGACAUUGUUAAAAUAACUAAGGCUAAAAAUGCGCAUUCUGAUACCCUACGUACAAUUUUCAUGUGAUCGAUUUCUAUUUAUUUUUUUCUGAAAAAAGGUUGAAAUCGUUUAGAUUUUUUUAUUUGAAUGCCUAACUAAUAGUCAACUCUAUGCGCAUUGAAUGUUGUGAAGUCAGCAGUCCUGUCAUAACAUUUUGGACUUCAUAGUUGAAUAGUGGACAAUACCAAGCCUGUUUCAGUAAUGUUUUAUAAGCCUUCAUUCGUAUCCACAGUAAUACAGGGCCAAUUGGUCCGUUAUUGACUUGGCUGCAGUUUAGAACGCAAAACAAGGCAUGUGUCAUGUAGUUUCCUACCUUAGUUAAAUCCAGUUGCUGUGUCCCUUUAGAAAUCUCCCAAAGGCCACUAGGGGAGACAUUUUUGCGGUUUACCUUGAACAUGCUCUGCAGGGUUGAACUGCGGAUUUAGAAGAAAUAGCUAGAUUUUAUAUAGAUUUUGAGUCCCCAAAUCAGAUUUUAUUAAUUGCCUGUUUAACACUUCAACCAUAUUUAUGUGGUAAGUAUUAUGAUAAACUCCCCUUUACCGCAGCCCUACGUUAGUGCAGAAAUCUACAAAAGAUUCCCCUCUAUUAGACCUUUUUAUGGUCAGAUUGUGAAGGACCGCACGACUGACAGUGGUGUUACUGUCUCUUUGUGUGGAGUGGUUCUAUUUCUCAGGCACACAGCGGCUCUCCUAUAUGCUAUAAUUGUCCCCUCAAUGAAGCAGCGGGUUUUCCUGUGGCUUUUGUUAAACCGUAACUGAAGGUGGAAAGAGAUUAUCUUUCUUUUUUUUCAUUUUAAUGCCGAUGAAUGGAAUGUAUGGAAAACGAUCAGACACCAAUUAACAUUAAGGAAUUGUAAUGAAAGGUGCACGACAUACAAAUACAUCAACAGUUUAAAGUAGUUUCCAAGAAAAUAAACUUUGGAGGAUGUGGGCAUCGAUCCAGGGGAAUAGUCGGUUGAUUAUAAAUAUCAAUAAUCAGUAAUAUUAGUUAGGAUAGCCAAAUCACAUAAAUUAAAGAUCAUUAUCCAGAUAAUCACAUCGAAACAGUAAGUCAUCUAGAAAGUUUGCUGGCACGGUGAGAAACGGAAUAUGGACUGUGAGCUGAUUGCUUCCAGAACUAUACCGGGUACCGGAAGUGCAUAAGCAGGUCAUCGGAAGUCAGUUCAUUCAAAACAAAAUGGCGAGCGGAGUGGGAAAGCACAAAUUGUUAGCAGUGGGUCCGACAGAGCCAUGGUCUGUGCGAGAGAAGCUGUGCUUAGCAUCCUCUGUCAUGAGGAGCGGAGACCAGAACUGGGUGUCUGUCAGCAGAGCCAUCAAGCCUUUUUCAGAACCAGGAAGACCACCUGACUGGUUCUCCCAGAAGCACUGUGCCUCCCAGUAUUCUGAGCUGCUGGAGACGACAGAGGCACCAAAGCGGAAACGCGGGGAGAAGGGAGAGGUGGUGGAGACGGUGGAAGACGUGAUUGUGCGUCGGCUGACAGCGGAGAGGAUCGAGGAGCUGAAAAGACUCCUGAAGGACACACAGGAGAGAUACAGGAAGCUGAAGAAGGAAGCAGAGAUAAUCCAGGCCGGACAUCUGGACGCCAAGCUUGAGGAGCUCUGGGGCGAGAUUGUGCAGAAGAGGAAGCAGGAUGAGGAAGAGGCUGAGCUGAAGAGGAAGGCCACAGAUGCUGCUUAUCAGGUCCGGCAGGCAGUGAAAAACACCCCUAAGCGAGCCCCCAGUUUAACAGUACGCUCCCUGGGUGUCGAGUGUCCACCAGCGGACCCGGUGCAGCCCAUCGCCGAGGAAGCCAGCAGCGCACCCAGUGGCCCUGGGGCAGCUGUCUUUGCACCGCUGCUUGAAGUAGCAGGGCCAGGGAACACGGAUGCCAGUCUGGGGGGCGUAACAGAAGACUCCCCACAGAAGAAACUCAUCCCUCAGAAGGCCACACCCCCACCCUCCCCUCUGCUGUCGGAGCUCCUGAAGAAGGGCAGCCUACUCUCUGCCAGCGCCCGCCUGGUGGCAGAAGGAGAAGCAGCCCAGGGUCUGGCUAACGGAGCGCAGAGGUCCGAUCCUCAGUUUGUAGCGUCCGUCGUGCCGGUGCCACAAGCCUCAGCCGGCGCUCCCAUGCUGUCCCAUCUGCUGGAGGCCGGUCCUCCCCCCCGCUCCCCUGCUGUCACCCCAGACUUGGUGGCUGUCACAGAAGUCCCUGGCGCUGGCCCUUCUGACACAGAGACCCCUACACCUGAAAACCCAGCUGUACUUGACACAGUGUGCACAGUAGUGAACGGGGCCAUGGAGGUGGGAGUCCCCGAGAGCCUCCUGCCAGAGGAGGAGAAGGUGGAGCUCGCUGAGGAGGAUCUGGUGGCUGUCUCCUACAUGGGGGAGGAACUGGACCUGGAGACAGUGGGGGACAUCAUUGCCAUUAUCGAAGAGAAGGUGGACGACUCCUCUGAGGUGCUUGACGACGCUGCGGUUGAGGCAGCCCUCUGCCUGUGUGAAGAGGCCAGUGGGGGCCACACGCUGUCGGGCCCCUGGGAGCCAGGGGCCUUCAAGCCAAUCGAGUCGACCCACAGCGCCCCCCAAAGCCCUGCUGCCCCGCCUGCGGAGCCCUCGCCGGUGCACAGGGGUGUGGAGGCGGAGCCAGAAGCCGAGCCGGGGCUCCUGGAGGACGUGCCGAUGGAAGACUCCGUUCCUGACUCCCCGCCUCACCCUGUGCUGGUGUCCGCGCCCCCCUCUCCGCCCACCAGCCGUGAGUGCACACAGAGCCAGGUCUCCGCUAGUGGGCAGGACGUGGCCCGGGGGGCCCAGCCCGAGGAGCAGGAGGCUGUACCCGUGGCCGAGGAGGAUGGGGGGCAGGAGCGGGCCACCCCGAGCCCUUCCAUUAAGUGUGAGGCAGAGGAGUGGCUUCCGGCAGAGGCAGAGGCCCCCUGCAUAGGGUGUGAAGACAGCUCAGGGUCUGGCAAGGAGUGCAAGCAGGAGGUGAAGGAGGAGGAGGCCGGCAGCGACGGCGAAGAGGGCAGCGUGUCAGAGCUGAAGGAGCGCGGCGAGCAUGACGGCGGCGACGGGGAGGGCGAGGGGGCCUACCUGUCAGAGCUGGAGCCAGUCGCCAGCGAGAGCGAGGACGGGUACAGCCUGAACGCCUCCUCGCUGCACCGCUACACCACGGCCGACUCGGUGCCCAGUAGCCCUGCCUCAUCCCAGUUCUCCGUGUGCAGUGAGGACCAGGAGGCCCUGCAGGCACAGAAGAUCUGGAAGAAGGCCAUCAUGCUGGUGUGGAGGGCGGCGGCCAAUCACAGAUACGCCAGCGUGUUCCUGCAGCCCGUGUCCGACGACAUCGCUCCUGGGUACCACAGCAUCGUGCACAGGCCCAUGGACCUAUCGGUGAUCAAGAAGAACAUCGAGGCGGGGAUCAUACGUACCACGGCCGAGUUCCAGCGCGACAUCAUGCUCAUGUUCCAGAACGCCGUCAUGUACAACAGCUCCGACCACGACGUCUACCACAUGGCGCUGGAGAUGCAGCGCGACGUCCUGGAGCAGAUACAGCAGUUCCUGGCCACGCAGCUCAUCAUGCAGACGUCCGAGUCGGGCAUCAGCGCCAAGAGCCUGCGGGGGCGCGAAGCGGCGAGGCGGCAGGACUCCUCCGACAAGGACAGUGUCCCCAUGGCUUCUCCUGCUUUCCUACUCUCUCUCUUUGACGGAAGCACCAGGGGGCGCCGCUGUGCUAUUGAAGCUGACCUCAAGAUGAAGAAGUGAGAGGGGUGUGGCUUGUUCUAAGGCUACAAGUGGAACAUAGAGAGAUGAUUGGCCAAAAUGACCCAGCAAAAUCGCAAAUACAAGCUUUGUCUCUGGUAGCUUUUAUUUAUGGCGCUCUUUUGCCAUUUUUCUGAAUGUACCGUUGUAUCUUCGGAUAAAGAAGGAAUGUGACAUAAUCUAGGAGUGAAAAUGCAGUUUGUGGAGUCCUGUUGUUUUCCCUUCAGGUGCAGUGUGACAUCGUGUAAGCAUAUUUGUACAGAGCCGUGUAUAUACUUUUUAAAUGUAUACUGUUUAAUAAUAAAAAAGCAGACUGCU